AAAACUCUUUGGCCUCCUCCCCUCUUCCCCCGCUCCCCCUCGCCCCGGGAACCUCUCCUCCUCCGCACACCGCCUCUCGCCGGAAUCGUCUGAGAUGCUGAGCUCGUCGGCGUCGAGGCGGGACGCCGCGAGGAACGUCGAGCUCCCGAGGCCUCCGGCGGCGGCGGGGAUGUCCCGGAGCGGGGAGCUGCCCAAGGGCGCCUCCGCGGGCCCGGGGCCGGCGCCGGCCGCGGUGCGCCACGAGGGCUGGCUCGUGCGGCACGGGCGGAGGAAGAUCGGGAGGUCCUUCUUCCACAUGCGCUACUUCGUUCUCGACAACAAGCUGCUGGCCUACUACAAGAAGAAGCCCAGGGACAGCAUGAUUCCACUCAAGUCAAUUCUUAUUGAUGGAAAUUGCAGAGUGGAGGAUAGAGGGCUUAAAACACAUCAUGGUCAAAUGAUUUAUUUCCUAUGCAUUUACAACAAGAAACAAAAGGAGAACCAAAUCACGAUGGGUGCACAUGAUAUUGAAGAUGCCCUAGCCUGGAAGAGGAAGCUAGAGCUUCUGAUUGAUCAGCAACAGGAUAGUAUGACAGCUAAAAACCGUAGAGCUUUUGCUUCGUUGGACUUUGACAUAGAUCUUGGAGGACCACUUUCGUUCUCUGAUCAUGACAGUGGUCCUGAAGAUGAAGAAGAGCCCCGGCCCACCUUGCUACGCAGGACAACUAUAGGGAAUGGUCCUCCUGAUUCUGUACUUGACUGGACCAAGGAGCCUGAUAUUGGGCUGUUAAAUCAGAAUGACACCAAUCAGGCUUACUCCAGAAAAAACUGGAGGCUUCUUAGAUGCCAGAAUGGAUUGCGCAUCUUUGAAGAACUUGUGGAGGUUGAAUACCUUGCAAGAAGCUGUAGUCGAGCAAUGAGGGCUGUCGGAGUGGUGGAAGCCUCAUGCGAGGCCAUUUUUGGGCUUGUAAUGGGUAUGGAUGUAACACGAUAUGAAUGGGAUUGUAGCUUCCAAUAUGGGAGUUUAGUUGAAGAGGUUGAUGGUCAUACUGCAAUACUGUACCAUCGUCUACAACUGAACUGGUGUUCAAUGUUAGUCUGGCCUCGAGAUCUUUGUUAUGUACGAUAUUGGCGGCGCAAUGAUGAUGGAAGCUAUGUCGUGCUGUUUCGAUCUACUGAAAAUCAGAACUGUGGCCCCCAACCAGGAUAUGUGAGAGCUUUUAUCGAAAGUGGAGGUUUCAAGAUUUCUCCUCUCAAAAGCCUCAAUGGUAGACCGCGCACUCAAGUUCAACACCUUAUGCAAAUUGAUCUUAGGGGAUGGGGCGUGAGCUACUUUCCAUCAUUCCAGUACCACUCUUUGUUGCAGAUGCUGAACUGUGUUGCUGGAUUGCGUGAAUAUUUUUCCCAAACAGAUGACGUUCAUACGGUUCCAAGGAUCCCAGUGAUGCAUGCCAUGGUUAAUUCAGUCUCAAUGAAAGACCAGAAGCUUCAAGAAUCUGACACAAAGACCAAACAAACUGAUAAUAAGAUUUUGGAUAUGGUAGAUGAAGAGUCAGAAGAUGAUGAGGACUAUCAAGUUCCUCUAUCUGAUUUGGAGGAAGAACCUACCAAAUCUGACAGUGAUGCUAAGAGCUCAGAUCCAAUAGAUUUGUCUUGGUUUUCGGGCAUUAUUCGUCAGGAUGCAAAUGAGAAAAGUCGUAACUGUUGGACAGUACCAGAUAGCAAGAUCUUUAAAGUUCGUAGCAAGAACUUUCCACAUGACAAAUCAAAGGUACCAGCAGGGAAGUACCUUAUGGAGCUCGUAGCGAUUGACUGGUUUAAGGACACCAAGCGUAUGGAUCAUGUUGCUCGGCGAAAAGGAUGUGCAGCUCAGGUAGCUGCUGAGAAGGGAAUGUUCACUUUCCUUGUAAACAUACAAAUUCCUGGACCAAGUCAUUACAGCUUGGUCCUUUAUUUUGUCUCGAGCUCCUUGAAGAAAGGAUCACUGUUGCAGCGCUUCGCCGAUGGCGAUGAUGAUUUCCGGAACAGCAGAUUGAAGCUUAUCCCAUCUGUUCCGAAGGGGUCUUGGAUUGUGCGGCAAAGCGUUGGAAGCACGCCUUGCUUACUGGGGAAGGCUGUCGACUGCAGCUAUUUGCGUGGUCCUGAGUACUUAGAAGUGGAUGUAGAUAUCGGUUCAUCGGCGGUAGCCAAUGGGGUCCUGGGCUUGGUGUUUGGUGUUGUUACCACCUUGGUAGUUGACAUGGCGUUUCUUAUCCAGGCAAACACAUACGACGAGCUCCCGGAGCAGCUUCUAGGCGCUGCGCGGCUGUCAAACAUCGAACCCUCCGCAGCAGUGAAUCCUGAGCUUGACAGCAUUUCCUGAGCGGGAUGAAUCAAAAACUGUGCAGAUUCUUUCAUUCUUUCCCCCAAACCCUCUCCAUUUGUUCAGCCACGGCAGCAUUUCGCAGUUGGGUACAAUGAGGUGCAUACAGACUCUGCAGCAGUGCGUCGCCUUCAUACAGUUUUGUCAUUUUUCAUUUUUGCUCUACAGUUACUGGUGUAGUUUGUUUACAGUUAAUUGCUAUGCAGUAGAUAUACCAGAGACUAUACAGCAUGGUUUGGAAACCAAUUCAUGUACAUGUCACGGCUGUGCCAUUAUAUAUAUGAUUAGCUCGAUUCUUCAUC